AUGCCACCGCCGUGGCCUCCGCGGUCUGACGAUCAGGUCACCCACCAGGUCCUCGGCUCUGACGAAGCGGUCCAAGCCCAGAAAGGAGAGAUGGGCUACGUCGUCGCCGAGGUGCCUGCAGCGCUGAAAGCACCGGAAUCUCCAGUUCCAGAGCCGAUUCCCCGUGUCGUUCGUCAUGACACACGGUUCGGACAGCUGCUCGAGAAAUUUCGGGACUGCGAGAUCAGGGAAGGCGGCAAGACGCAAGAUGUGAUCUUAGACAAGUUCUUCGAAGCUUGCGAGCUCUAUAGAGAUAUGCUGUCCAAGCUCGGUCGAGCAGCCAGCGUGGUCGUGGGCGACAUCGAGCACAACCUCGGCAAAUCCAAAGCGGUUUACCUGGAAGCUCCGGAGGAGCGAAAGACCCUGACCGCCUACCUGCGGCUGCCGGCUUCUCACGUGGGCAUCGAGAAGAUCACGUGGCUGCUCAGGGGCGUGGAGUUCUUCUUGACCAUGAUCAAGCUCAUCUUCACCCCGGAGUCUGGUGGAAACCCGGCCGUGGAGGCCUAUCAGCAGACCUUGAUGCAGUACCACGGCUGGAUGCUUCAGCAGACGGUGAAGCUUGGCAUGCGGGCCAUGCCCUCGAAGGAUGGCAUCGUGCAGUCCGAGGGCCUGGUGCUAGGCGAGGCGUCGGCGGAGCAGCGGCAGGCGCUCUGCGAGCGCGACGCGCCGCCGGCCUCCGCUGCCGGCCUCGACGU